AUGGAAUCACCGCGUUCAUACCCCCCAUCAGACCAGGCAGACCAGGCAGACCAGGCAGACCAGCAGAAGGGCUCCACUACGUAUGAAGAGUCCGCAGUGUACUCAGAAAACUCAUACCUACAUUCGCUGGUGGAGAAUGACGGAGGUAGUGGGGAACCGCAGGCUGGGAAGGGCCUUCCGCCAAUGGAUGCGCUACACAUCAUGGUACCCGACCAGAUUGACACAAUACAGCUGGAUGGGAAUGUGCCAGUACUAGAUGAUAGGCUUGACCUGGGUGUCGGAGAGCCACCGCUAGAGCUGCAAGCACUGGACUUUGUUGCUGUGGCCGACAGCUUCCAAGCCCAAGCUGAAGCGCUGACUGUUGCGCCAUAUAUCAACAUAGAACUGAACGGAGCAUUUGAUACCGAGGAUUUAUCUGAGAAACCGCAGCUUGCAGCCGGCCCCCUAAGCGAAGAUGCUCGUGCUUCGGGAUCAUCAACGUCGUCAAGGGCACAAGGAUGCUCCUCCUUAUCACUUUUAAACUCCCAGAGCACUUCAACUAUGCAUUUAGGUUCAAGUCAUGGCAUGCGUUCGAGUGUCACAGGCUCCUAUGAUUCCAGAAAACCAAAGAUCAAACCAGUAGAUCUAUCGCAUUUGUAUUUGGUCAACAACAGUGAUAGUAUAACCCUAACACAAACAAAUGAAUCGGUGGCCCACUUCUCUCACAAGAUGAUAAGUGAGUGUUUAGGAGAUGACUCAGAAUCUAUUUUAGUGCCGAGGCUGAAGGCAUUGGAGAUGUACAAGAAGAACGUAAAGAAGUCCAAAGAUCCUGAUGUUUUAUUCCAAUACGCCCAGUAUAUGCUACAAACUGCAUUGACUAUGGAUGUCAGUCCAAUUAUCGAAACGGAAGACCCCAGAAGAAAGGGAUUGUGCAAAAAAUUGUCACCCACAGAGAACCUUAAGGAGCAGUUUCUCAAAGAGGCUAAGGUUUAUUUGACUAAACUUAGUGUCAAAGGCUACAAAGAUGCACAGUAUUUGCUCGCAGAUGCAUAUUCUUCGGGUGCAUUUGGAAAAGUAAACCAUAAAGACGCAUUCAUCCUGUUCCAGUCCUCUGCCAAGCACGGCCAUGUGGAGGCAGCAUAUCGGACGGCGGUAUGCUUCGAGAAGGGAUUAGGCACCACCAGGGAUUCACGGAAGUGUAUCGAGUUUUUGAAAUUUGCGGCUUCCAAAAAUCAUCCAGCCGCUAUGUUCAAACUCGGGCUAUAUUCCUUCCAUGGGCGCAUGGGUUUGCCUAACGAUGUCAAUACGAAACAGAAUGGUAUUAAAUGGCUCUCCCGCGCUGCCGCUAGGGCUACUGAACUUACAUGUGCUGCACCCUACGAGCUUGCACAGGUUUACGAAAACGGCUUCUUGGAUAUCAUUAUUCCGGAUGAAAGUUAUGCCACCGAACUAUACCUUCAAGCAGCUGCUCUUGGACAUGUUCCAUCAACAACAAAGUUAGGAAAGCUCUAUGAGCAGGGCAAUGAAAUUGUUCCUCAAGAUACCUCCCUAAGUGUGCAUUACUAUACCGAUGCUGCCAUGAAAGGGGAUCCAGAAGCCAUGUUAGGCCUCUGUGCCUGGUACCUCAUUGGCGCGCAACCGGCAUUCGACCGCGACGACCGUGAGGCCUUUCAGUGGGCACUAAAAGCAGCUAAGAAAGGAUACGGAAAGGCCCAGUAUACAGUGGGAUACUUCCAUGAAAACGGUAAAGGAUGUAAGAAAGAUAUUGACAUGGCCUACAAGUGGUAUGAGUGUGCUGCCGAUAAUGAAGAUCCAAGAGCUCUUCGCAAAUUGGCUAGUCGUACGGAUAAAAAGAAGAGAAACAGUACCGUUUUCAACUUCUCCUUUCUGAAGCCAGACGAUUUCGAGUCGAAAUUACAACGUAUGGAUGUUGGUGAGUAUUCCCCUUUAUGUCUGGAUUUCCAGGGCACAUUAGCACGGACCAAUGCAGCAUCCCGCAGUAAACACGGUAUCAAUACAAGCUGCAGCUACGAUGUUAUAAACGUCAUAACUGAUGACCAAUCUCUGGGAAUGGAGAUGGAUGACGGCAUGCAACGUCCAGCUCAACAAAGAUGUCUAACACCAAUAUCACGACAGACUUCUAGCUUCUUAUCGGAAGUCAGCCCAUACCAAAGCUCAAACAACCCUAUGGCGCCUAACUAUGCGGCUGAAAAUCAAGCAGUGGAACUAAGACCUGUUGCCACAGGUCAGACAUCGAACAGUAGUACGAGUUGUGGCCCACGGGAAAAAGAUCAAGAAAUAAUGCCAAGUAAUAUACCUGGAGAACGUUGGCAUACAUCUGCUGCCCCUGAAGGGGCACCAUUCAAUAACGUUGCGCCAAAAAAGGUAACGGACAGAAACGUCUGUGUUAUAACUUAA